AUGGCAGCCGGAGGCGUCUACCGCGGGGCGAGCACUGCAUCCACUGUCACUGAAUUGGUGCGCCAGAUCUGUGAUUCUGGCGCGACUUUGCUGCUGUGCUCGAAAGAAUAUGAGGAGACGACGAUAGCAGCGGCGAAGCAGUGCGCCAUUCCCUCCGAACGCAUUCUGGUGAUUGACAGUUCGUCGUCAGUCAGAUGGAAGCUGUUACUUUCUGCGCAGCCCCAUCUUGAUGUCCUGCGAUCAUACUCCGGAAGAAUGCUCGAGUGGCAGCGAUUUACCCGGCCAAGCGAUCUUGAGAGUAUCACGACAUGUCUGCUUUACUCAUCAGGCACUACUGGUCUGCCCAAAGGUGUUCGCCUGUCACACUGGAACCUGGUCUCAAGCAACAUCGUCAGCAUGCACCUCGGCGCUAGGUACAUAUCUCGUCGAAUGCAGGAAGGGCAUAUAUUCCAUUGGCGCACGAUCGGGUGUCUACCCAUGGCACACAUCGCAGGCUUCCAGCAGUACUCUCUCAAUCCCUUCUACAUGGGCGGCACAGUCUACUGGCUAGAGAAGUACAACUUCGACGACUUCAUCAAGUACAGUCGACAGUACCGGACAGUAUACCAAUUCUCCGUGCCACCGAUCGGGCUGCAGGUGGCCAAAAGUCCGAAAGUGACCGACCAUUUCGACAGCUGGGAAGUAGCCUGCAGCGGCGCAGCUCCAAUGGGGCUUGAGUUGGUCAAAGAAGUCAGCCAGAAGCUAGGCAAGGGCAACACGUUCAUGACUCGGACCUGGGGAGCUACAGAAACGGACGGCUCGGUGACAGCCACGGAUUGGGAUUUACGAGACGAAACCGGCAGCGUAGGUGAGAUCUUGCCGAAUGUACGAGUUCGUGUGGUGAACGAUGAAGGCCAAGACGUUGAGCCUGGAGAGGUUGGUGAGAUGCUCGUAGCUGGACCUGUGGUGUGUCAAGGGUACCACAACAACCCUACCGCGACCGACGCCUCUAUUGUCAACGGAUGGUACUCCACUGGAGAUGUCGGCUAUGUUAGGGACAACCAGGUGUAUCUGGUGGACCGUAAGAAAGAGCUCAUCAAGUACAAGGGACUGCAAGUCGCUCCCGCAGAGCUGGAGGAUCUCCUCAUGUCGCAUCCGAAGAUUGUAGAUGCUGCAGUUAUUGGAGUGCAAUCUGCGCGAUAUGGCACGGAAGUACCAAAGGCUUUCAUUGUGGUGGCAGUAGGUGGGAGAGCGUUGCGGCUGAAGAAGUUGUGGACUUGGUCAAGGCCACUGUCGCAAGCCAUAAGCGACUGCGAGGCGGAGUUAAGUUCGUUCAUGAGAUUCCAAAGAGUGCGUCUGGCAAGAUCUUACGGAAGGAGUUGCGGCAGCGACCAUAUUUAG